AAUUACAUAAUUAUUUAUUAUUCUAUAUAAACUAGAAUGAAUUAGACUUUUUUUUUUUUUAAAUUUUCUGGAACUAUAUUCGUUGAACCGUUCGUCUCUUGAUUCUCUUUCAGCUUUCAGGGCAAAUACAGAUCGAGGCUCUGGUGAGCUAGGUUUUUUGGUAGAAUUAAGAGUUUCAAGCAAUUGAAUUGAAAAAGUGUUUGUUUGAAUUCCCAUUGAAAAAAAUGGGGGUAAUGUCAAGACGGGUUGUGCCUGCCUGCGGUAACCUCUGUUUCUUUUGCCCUUCAAUGCGUGCAAGGUCAAGGCAGCCUGUUAAAAGAUACAAGAAGUUGCUAUCGGACAUUUUCCCCCGUAAUCAGAUUACAAGUAACCUAGAGCAAAGAUGCUUCAAGGAUUUACGGAAUGAGAACUUUGGAUGUGUGAAAGUCGUAUUGUGCAUUUAUCGGAAAAUGCUAUCAUCAUGUAAGGAGCAGAUGCCACUUUUUGCUAGUAGUUUAUUAGGGAUCAUUUGGACUCUUUUGGAACAAACCCAACAGGAUGAGAUGCGAAUUAUGGGUUGCAAUGCUCUUGUAGAGUUCAUUAAUAGUCAGAUGGACGGUACACAAAUGUUUCACUUAGAGGGCCUUAUUCCUAAACUAUGUCAACUGGCUCAAGAAGAUGGAGAUGAUGACAGAGCUUUGCGUUUGCGUUCUGCUGGAUUGCAAGUGCUGGCUUCCAUGGUCUGCUUCAUGGGUGAGCACUCUCAUAUAUCGAUGGACUUUGAUAGUAUCAUAUCAGUGACCUUGGAGAACUACAUGGAUAUCCCAAUGACCCUUCUCAAUGGCAGUAAAGUGGAUGAAAAUGGUUCGUCCUUCCCAGAUGUCAAUGAGAAGGCUUCCUCUGUACCUAACCUUGUGAUUGACUCUGACUUCGAUCCAACCAUGGAUACUUCCAAUAGUCCCUCUUACUGGUCAAGGGUUAUCUUAUGUAAUAUUGCCAGAUUGCCAAAAGAAGCAACAACUAUCCGGCGUGUUCUUGAACCUCUUUUACAAUUUUGAUGCUCCCAAGAGAAGGGAGUCGCUUUUUCUGUUCUAAUUUACUUGCAGUUGCUAAUGGAAGAAACAGGAGAGAAGUCCCACCUACCAUUUGCUAUCUUGGUGAAGCACAUGGAGCAUAAGAAUGUAGCCAAGCAACCUCAAAUACAAGUUAACAUUCUCAAUGUCAUUACUCAACUUGCACAAAAUGCAAAGCUUCAGCCCUCCGUAGCAAUCAUUGGUACAAUAACUGACUUGAUGAAGCAUCUACGAAAAUGCCUACAAAAUUCAGUUGAAUUAUCUAGUUCUGUGGGUGAUAUGGAUAAAUAUAACACUGAUCUUCAGUUGGGAUUAGACAAGUGUAUCUCACAGCUCUCAAGGAAGGUUGGGGAUGUGGGACCAAUUCUUGAUAUGAUGGCCGUGGUACUAGAGAAUAUUUUGAGCAACAGUAUUGUUGCCAGAACAACAAUCUCUGCUGUUCAUCGAACAGCAGAGAUUAUCUCUUCUAUCCCAAACGUAUCAUAUCACAAGAAGGCCUUCCCUGAUGCUCUAUUUCACCAGUUGCUCCUUGCAAUGGCCCACCCAAACCAUGAAACUCGAGUUGGAGCACAUAGCAUUUUCUCCAUUGUGCUUAUGCCAUCCUUGCUUUCACCUUGGUCAGAUCAAAAUAAAAGAAAUUCUGAAGCUGUUUCUUGUGACUUAACAGUUAGUGCAUCCAAGAAGGUAAGGAGUUACAGCUUUGCCUUUCAGGAUGAUGGUAAAGACCAAGCAGAACUCAUUGAAGGAAGACUAAAAGAAAAUGGAAAUCAAGCGUUAGAUAUGGCUGUGAAAGAAUCAAUAAUGUGUCAGUCCCAUGGGAACUCAUAUAGCUUCAAGCAUGCUCUGGGUGAUGGAAAAAUGCAGUUCACUUCCCUUCGAUUAAGUAGCCAUCAAGUGAGUCUUCUUCUUUCAUCAAUAUGGGUCCAGGCGAUUUCUGCUGAAAAUACCUCUGCAAAAUUUGAAGCUAUGGCCCAUUCGUUUUACAUUGCAGUAUUGUUUACCCGAUCCAAGACCUCCAGUCAUAAGGCCCUAAUUCGGAGUUUUCAGCCGGCAUUCUCCCUUAGGAGCAUCUCUCUGGAUCAAGAAGGAGGUUUGCAACCAUCUCGAAGAAGGUCUCUCUUUACCUUGGCAUCCUACAUGCUUAUUUUCUCAGCCAGGGCAGGCAAUCUUCCAGAGUUGAUUCCUAUUGUUAAAACAUCUCUGACAGAUAAAACAGUUGAUCCUUAUCUCAAAUUAGUUGAGGAUGUCGGACUUGAGGCUGUUUGUGUGAAAUCCGAUCUGGGCAGCGUAGCAUAUGGAUCAAAGGAAGAUGAUAUUGCUGCGUCAAAAUCUCUCUUGGCAAUAGAGCUAGAUGAUCUUCAUUUGAAGGAGACGGUCAUAUCCCAUUUCAUGACUAAAUUUGAGAAAUUGUCGGAGUCGGAGGAUGAACUAUCAAGUAUAAAGAAACAACUUCUUGAGGGCUUUUCACCAGAUGAUGCAUAUCCAUUAGGUGCUCCAUUGUUUAUGGAGACACCAAGACCAUGUUCUCCUCUUGUGCAGAUGGAGUUUCAGGCAUUUGAAGAGAUUAUGCCUCUAGCUGCAAUGACAGAUGAAGAAGCCUUCCCUGAAGCCAACGGAAGUCAAUCAGAUCGCAAAACAUCAUUAUCCAUCAGUACACUAGAUGUCUUAAGUGUCAAUGAGCUUUUGGAUCCGGUUCUGGAAACAGCCCGUCAAGUUGCAAGCUUUUCAGUUUCCCCAACCCCCAUUCCUUAUGACCAAAUGAAGAGUCAGUGUGAAGCUCUUGUAAUGGGUAAACAGCAGAAGAUGUCAGUGCUUCAUAGCUUCAAGCAUCAACAGGAAGACAAGGAUACCUCGGAGGAAAGUGAAUAGGUUCUGGAAACAGCCCGUCAAGUUGCAAGCUUUUCAGUUUCCCCAACCCCCAUUCCUUAU